AUGGGGUCUACCUCUUCUCCCGUGCUCAAUGGCCAUCACAUCGCAGACAAUGACUCCACUUGCGACACCCUGUACACCCAUAGGAACUACGCCCGGGUCUUCAUGCCACUUGUCUACUGCGUGGUCUUCCUGGUUGGACUUCUGGGCAAUGCCUUAGCGCUGCAUGUUAUUCGUCCCAACUUGAAAAAGAUGAACUCCACCACCUUGUACUCUCUUAAUCUCGUGAUUUCAGACAUCCUUUUCACUCUUUCGCUCCCCGUGAGAAUUACCUACUAUGCACUAGGCUUUCAUUGGCCUCUGGGCGAGGCUGUGUGCAAAAUCUCCGGCCUCAUCUUCUAUAUCAACACCUACGCCGGCGUCAACUUCAUGACCUGCCUGAGCGUCGACCGCUUUAUCGCCGUGGUCCUGCCGCUGCGCUUUUCCCGGCUACGAAACGUCAGGAACGUGCGUUAUAUCUGCGUGGUGGUGUGGCUCCUGGUCCUGGGGCAGACACUCCCGCUCCUCGGCAUGCCGAUGACCAACGAGGAAAUGGACGGUUUCAUCACUUGCAUGGAAUACCCCAAUUUCGAGAAGGUGGACCACCUCGCCACCAUUCUAAUUGGUGGCGUCUUCCUAGGUUAUGUCAUCCCAGUGAUCACCAUCCUCGUGUGCUACUCCAUCCUUUGCUCGAAGCUCCACUCCACUGCAAAAACCAACCACCUGACUGAAAAGUCGGGGCGAAGUCGGAAGGCUAUCGGAGUCAUCUGUUGCGUCUCCUUAGUCUUUGUCAUCUGCUAUACUCCCUACCACAUUAACAUCCUGCAGUACAUGGUCCGUAAGCUGGUCUCCAACCCGGACUGCGCCGACCUCACCGCCUUCCAAGUGUCGCUGCACAUCACGGUGUGCCUGAUGAACCUCAACGCCUGCUUGGACCCCUUCGUCUACUUUUUCGCCUGCAAAGGCUAUAAGAGGAAGCUCCUGAAAUUGCUGAAGCUUGAGGUCAGCGUGUCCGUCUCUAGCAUUGCCAGAACUACACCUGAAGGCUCUUCCAAGGACGUUGUUGACGGUAACAGAAUCCAGCUGAACGGCUCGGCCAGCGAGAGACUGAUGGAGAGGAGAUCGCAGUUGUACGUGUGA